UCCAAACACACUGACAUGUGAUUCAGCCCCAAACUUACUUCCACCUGCCAUCAGAGGUACAGCAGAGAGCCGUACACAGCAACACCAUGUCUCUGGAAGAUUACGACUCAGGGUUCGAGUCUGAUGAAAGUGAUGACGAGCCUGAGAGUGACAGGAGUGAUGCUGAGGUGACUUACCAGGAGCUUGUCCAGCUGUACAACCAGCUCAUGUGCUUUGACCACAUCUACGCCAACAACAUAAUGAUAGACAUGGAGUAUUUUCAACAGCACCUGGUUGACGAGGCUGAAUCAAGCUCCGACUCUGACAGUGAUGAUGAUUGGUCGACUGCCUUCCACAAUAUAGUUAUCGCCAGUAUUUUGGAAACCGUGUUCCAUUCAAGUUCCUCCACGUCAUCUUCCGGGGAUGACUCUAACACCGAUGACUGCGGUGUGAGCUGCGCUCAGGAUUCUGUCCUGCUACAUGAGGAGGCGACCUCCUCGUCCUGCUCCACUUCUUCCACAGAUGAUGCAGAUGAACAGACAACCAACACAGACAGCGGGAACAGUUUACAGGGUGACGUUGCCGGGGAGUGAUCGUGAGCAACUAUCCAAUAAACAACUGAAUCAGGCAGUGCAGGCUGAAUGACGGUUGGCUCAGUCUGAACACAUCUUUCCACUCUCUGCCAUCAUGUUGACUCCAAUCACAUGAAAACAUCACCUUUUCCUUCUUUGUGCCAUAAAGUAAUGGAGCAGCAAAUCAAAAUUUCUUGUGCAACUCUUAAUUUGAAAGUUCUGCAUGACACAGUUUUGUACACUCCAGAAGUCACUUUAAGGCAAUGAGAUGGUGGAAGCUGCUAAAAAUACUGUGUGGCACUUACCUUGUGUUGGGUUAAUAACACACAACCCAAUACAGUCUGUGCUAACACAUACUUUACCCUGCAACACUCAUGAUCAUCGGACUAAGAACAUACAACAGGCUUACUGUCAAUGUGAAGUGUGUGAAACCUGGUACAGCAUUAAAUGUAAUUUGCAAUCAUGACAGUGUAAGACUUGCCGAGGUAAUCUCACCUCAACAACUGAAGACCCACAAUCGCUCUUUUUGUACGGCUCAGUGGA